GGAGCUACGUGGCAUGUUCCGGCCGUCAUUCAUCCAAGGAUCAAUGAGCAUACGUUCUGGCAUUCAGGGGAUUUUCUGGAAAGCAGUCUCCUGUGGGCCACCACGGCGCAGGCUCCCACAGCUGAUCAUAUUAUUUCAGCUGGUGUGCUGCACUCACCUUCAGUGAGCGCUCCACUAUGGACUGCAAAACGGAAGACUGGCACAGGACAAAAAGCGAAAGGAAAACCUAUAUGCCGCAGAAUGACGGGUGACAGGAGAACUAUGCUGCACAUCCUUGAGGAGCCUCAGAUGCGAGGAGAAGCGGAGAGGCUUCAGACUUUCCAGAGCUGGCCAGCGGACACACCUGUCACAUCUGGCGACUUGGCCAAGGCGGGCUUCUUCUUUCUAGGCCCCGGGGACAAAGUUCAGUGUUUCUGCUGUGGCGGAAUUUUAAGAUGCUGGGUUCAUGGGGACAGCCCAGUCCAGGAGCACAAGAGACAUUUCCCCACUUGCAGCUUCAUACAAGGCCGAUCUGUGGGAAAUAUUCCUCUCCAGGCUGGCUCCUCGGACUCUGUCGACGGGCAGCUGUUGAGUCAGCUCCAGAGGAUGACUAUGGAUGACCAGGGAACAGCUGGACAAGCAGUAUACCCAGAGAUGGAAGCAGAGGAGUCCCGGCUCACCACUUUUCACAACUGGCCAACCGAGGCCUCAGUCCAGCCAGAUAUUCUUGCCAGAGCAGGAUUUUUCUACACAGGUCACGGUGACAACGUCAAAUGCUACUUCUGUGACGGGGGGCUGAGGAACUGGGAGCCAGGCGACGACCCCUGGCAGGAACACGCCAAAUGGUUUCCACGAUGUGAGUUCUUAAUUCAUUCAAGAGGGCAGGAGUAUAUCAGCAACAUACAGGAUGCUCAUUUUCAUCUGGGUGAGACUGUGGGAGGAUCACAGACAACCGCAGGCAGAGAUAUUGGCUCCAGAAAUGAUUUGGUCGUGGGACUGGGGGCUUCUUCUGCCAUGCUUUCUCCUGUGGUGCAGACUGUGCUCCAGAUGGGCUUUGAAGCCAGCGUGGUGGAGAGUCUAGUCCAGACCAAGUACCUCCUGACAGGCCAGCACUACACGUCCGUAUCUGAUCUGGUUACUGAUGUGCUGCAGGCUGAGGAGGAGGACAGACAGAGGGAGCCACAGAGCAGAGAGCCAGAGACAAGGCAGGGCCCCAGUGCAGGAAAUGUAAGAACGCAGACACCCAUCAGAGAGAAAGCAGUUAAGGACCCCAGCCCGGAGGAGCUGCUGAGGCAGCUGCAGGAGGAGAGGACCUGCAAAGUGUGCAUGGACAAGCUGGUGUCCAUCGUCUUCAUCCCCUGUGGUCACCUGGUGGUUUGUGGAGACUGCGCUGCCAGCCUGCGCCACUGCCCCAUCUGCAGAGCUGUCAUCAGAGGCAGUGUCCGCGCUUUCAUGUCCUAAGGCUGGUGUUGAAAAUACGCCAUUAUACAGGUGUUGCAAGAGUGGCCUUGAAUUUUCCACUGAACCCCCCCUCCCCCACCCCUUAAAUAAAGAGUGCUGGUUGCUUGUUGACAGAUUAUUUUCUAUAUUAAACAUUUUAAGCUAUUCCACUUGUGUAUUGUCGUCAUUAUAUUUUCAGUCAAACAAGAAAAAAAAACACUAAAUACAUAAUGACGCACAAAAACAUUAAAAGAGCACAUUCUUUUUUUUAUUAUUAACAAACACCUAUUUACAUGAACACAAAGCACAGUUCUGGAUAAAUAGGAGUACACAAUCAGGUCACAUGAGUUCGGAGCAACACAGGACGCGAAAACAAAAGAGGAAGAUCAUCUUUUUCCACUUUCUAUACAAAGAAAAACAUAUCUACAAAGAGGUGGAAUCUUUUUCAGUGGAGACUAGCACAUACACAACCGUAACGGGCGUCAACUAACACCAGCCGCCAGGGUUUGGGAAAAGGAUGUAUUGCACUGAGAGGAAGACUAGUAUUUUUUUUUUUUAAUU